AUGACCAAGACAGAAGAUGAUGAUCCACGCUCCAGGUCGAACAACGGAGGAUUAGAGAAGAAAGGAUCGAAGGCGGCGAUAGUCGCUUCGAGCGACAACAAAGCAAAAUAUUCCACCUCUGCAGGUUAUGACAAGGAUAAUGAUGAUGAUUCAAUACUGGAAAGGUAUCCCCCAUUGUCGUCCAGCUACCAUGUCUCGCGAUGGGCCAUUCUACGGCUACUGGGUUGCAUGUAUUUCAUUGCCUUUCUCGGAGCCUAUUUUCAAAAUCCAGGGCUGAUGGGGUCCAAAGGGUUGCAGCCUACUGAUGCAGUAUUUGACUCUUUGAAACACGACAGCAAGUCGUCUUGGGAGGGAUUCCAAGAAUACCCAUCCAUAUUCUGGUGGAUUGACCACAACGAUGCCAACAUGGAACGAGUGUAUCUCGCUGGAAUGACAAUUUCAGCUUUGGUGGUGAUGUUCGAACAAGAUUCAAUGCUACUACAGUUUCUCUUGUGGAUCUUGUACUUUUCCGUUGUCACGACGGGGCAACUUGGGACCAGCUUUUACAGCUACGGAUGGGAAUCUCAACUUCUCGAGACUGGUUUCCUGGCCAUUUUCUUAUGCGAUCCUUGGACUGCUAUUAGUCCGAUUACGAGUAAAAAUGAGGCAAAGUCUAAGAGGACGCAGCCCUCCAUGAUUGUGCUUUGGCUGUUUCGCUGGCUCUGCUUUCGGAUAUCAAUUGGCGCUGGACUAAUUAAGAUCCGAGGGGAUUCAUGCUGGACACAAAAGACUUGUCUCUACUAUCACUUUGAGACCCAACCCAUCCCGUCGCCCCUCAGUUUUAUCUUUCACUUUUUGCCGCGAUAUCCAUAUUUGCAUCAUGCUGUGGACUUGGAUCUCUUUGUACAAGUAUACACAAGCUGGAUGGUUUUAUGCCCAACUUUAUGUGAUCAUAGAGUCAACAAAGAUAGCGCACAAGGGCGCAAAAAUGACAGCUCGAUCUACACAAUGUUGUCUCGGCUGAGUUUGUAUGUGGUUCGGAUCGGAGGUUUCGUUCAAGGAGGAUUCAUGGUUAAUAUUUUGUUGUCUGGGAAUUUCGCCUCCCUAAAUCACUUGACCAUUAUUCCAUCACUUGCAUGUUUGGAUGAUGCAUGUUGGUCUCGGUUUCUACAACGACGAUCGGGGGCUCUGGAAGCCACUGUGAUAACUAUGGAUGGGCAAGGGGUGUCUUCCAUCGCAAAGACUCUCAAUACAACAGUCGAGGAAUCGAGCAAGGAACCAUCAAAGUCCCGGUCUGAGCAAAGUUGGUUCCACGGGGUACUAGAUCAAGGUGCAUACAUCGUUUUACUGUUGCUUAUUGGCUACCUCUCAAUGCCCGUCGUGGCCAAUCUUUUGCAGCUUGGAGGGCAGCACCAACAGAUGAAUGCUAGCUUUGGCAGCUUUCGGCUUGUCAACACAUACGGUGCAUUUGGAUCCGUUGGCAAAACACGAUACGAACCCAUUGUAUCUAUUGCCUACAGCUCCACGAAUAGCACUGGUCAGCAAGAGUAUGGGUGGAUCGAAUUAGAGUUCCCAUGCAAACCAGGAAAUCUUGCAAGGCGACCUUGCUUUUGUGCUCCGUAUCAUUACAGAUUGGAUUGGAACAUUUGGUUCAUCGGUUUCAAACCACAUGAUCGUAUGCUUUACCAACGAGAAUCGUGGCUCUUUUCGCUAAUCUCGAAACUGUUGGACUACGAUUUGGGAAAAGAUGAUAGGCCGUGGUUAGAUCUCUUGGAUUCCUCAACAGCAUAUUGGUUACGAUCCAACUACAGUCAAUCAAAUGUUCCUGUGUACGCCAAAGUAGACAUAUAUCACUACAAAAUGUCGCAGUCGUUGUGGCAACUUGUACCUGCUCUACUGGUAGGAGAAGACGUUUUUUGGUGGAAUCGUACUUUUGAGCAAUCUCUAAUUCCUCCAGUUAUCCUUGAUCCACAAAGCAACAGACUCGCUCGCGCCGCAUAA